AUGAUUCGGGAUGAAUUCCGAUCCAACCGAUAUUGUACCAGUGCCAGGAUCACUGCUGGCUAUCUACGCGAGGCGGAGGAGACAUUGAAGAAGCUGAGGAGAGCGAGGGAUGGCGAUCAAGAAGUCAGGAAGGAGUUGAAGGAUCUUGUUCAUGGAAGAUGUGGACGUCUGAAAGAGGUUAUCGAUCAUUUGAGUGACCUUAUCAAUUGGGAUCCCAAGUCAACAACCCAACGGGAUCGGUACAAACGAUUGAAACGCGCUCAGGAACAGGUCUGGGACGUCCGCACUCAAUCCUCCAUUGAACGCGACCAACACCCCUUCUACAAGAUCACCCUCCACCCAUCUCUCUUCACCUUCCCCCCAGAACUGGACUAUUACCCUCCUCACAAGUACCCACGCCAACUCAAAAACAAACGAGGUCUCUACAAGAACUUUGGAGGCGUGUUCCUGACCGAGGUCAAGACUUCUGAGGGAUCCAAGUUUCCUAGGAUCAGAGGAGGAACUCAGCCAGAGUGGAUUAGCAUGAUGCUAAAGGGUCGUGUUCAGGCCUCGGUGAGGCGGGUGAACGAGUGGAAGCAAUUGGAAGAACUCCAGAGGAUGAUGCAGAUUGAGGAGCAGUUUACAAAGCUGCUAGGUGUCGACGACACCGGAUAUGUGGAGGGGAUUGGCAAGCGGCUAAAAGAAGUUCAAGAGGACCAUGCCAGAAGGAAGCGAGAUGCCAACGAACGCAACGGACUUGAAGUCGGCGACAUGGAUGACCAUCAAUCCAUCAAAAUGAAGUACCCCACGAUCUUGUCCAUUCUCUCCCUUGCAAUCCUCACCUGCGUCGCAGCCAGUCGCCUCUCUAACGGCAAAUACACCAUCCGGAGCUCACAAGGAUCAUAUCUCGUUGACAACAAGGCCACCCUUGGAGGCCUGGUCGAGUUCAGUCGUGACACCACAGCUACCUCUUCUCGUAGCGCCCAAUGGACUGUCGUACAGAACAAGACUGCAUCCAACCCGAACAUGUUUUCAAUCCAGAACCGAAAGUCGAACUUGUUCCUGUCACUGGACCACAGCAAGGACACCGGGCGUAACCCGUACAGAAAUGGUGAGCCCGUCAGGAUGCAACAGGAAUACCAGGUCUGGUUUCUGGACGCGACUGAGACUGUUGGGUACUACAUUAUCGAGUCUCCAGUGAUGGGUCAUCAGGAAAAGGCAUAUGCGAUCAAAUCCCCCGACGAGGAUGAUUCAGAUCAGGAAAAGGAUGGAAGAGUGACUCUGAAGGAUGUGAGUAAGCUCUCUUCAACAAAUCAAGGAUGGUUGUUUGAGGUAGUGAAGUGA